GAGAUAAAAGAAAUUAUUCAGGUAGUGAAGGGAGACGAAAAUUUAAUAGUUAGCAGCUCUGAAGUUGAGCUAUGCACUGAGAUAAAUAAGAAUCUGUACACUGAAAUUCUUGAAGAAAGGAUAUGCAACUAUAUGAAAAUAACAGAUUCUGUUUCAAAAGUUAUAGUUAUUGAUGAAAGUGCAACAGAGUCAUACCCUCAGCUGACUCAAAAAAUGCAGCAAAUGGUUGCAGCAGCCCUGAGAUCAGGGCCACAGUCUGAAGUUAUAGUGGAUGCAUUCAACUUGAAAAUAACAAGACAUGACAUUGGCACUUUAAAGAAAAAAAAUUGGCUUAAUUGUCAGGUUAUCAAUUUUUACAUGAGUCUGCUCACUGAGAGGGGAAAACAGAAUGGAUAUCCAUCAGUUUACACCUUCAACACUUUCUUCUUCCCAAGGCUGUACUCCAGUGGUUUUUCUGCAGUAAGGCGAUGGACUCGGAAAAUUGACAUAUUUGCCUAUGAAAUACUUAUAGUACCUAUUCAUCUCAGUAUACACUGGUGUAUGGUUGCAAUAAACUUCAAGAAAAAAACUAUAUGCUACUAUGACAGUAUGAACAGCAGCAAUAAUGUCUGUUUAAAGUUGUUAUGGGAUUACCUGAACAGUGAAAGCAUGGAUAAAAGGAAUGAUGAAUUCAAUUAUGAUGGCUGGAAAACAGAAAAUGUAAAGGAAAUCCCACAGCAAGUAAAUACCAGUGAUUGUGGUGUAUUUUGUUGUGUAUAUUCAGACUGUAUCUGUCGUAAUGCUAGUUUCAAAUUUUCUCAGGAAGACAUGCCAUAUUUUAGAAAAAAAAUAGUGUAUGAAAUACUUUCAAAAAAAUUGAUGACAUGA